GAGCGCCUCUUUAAUAUAUCGAAGUCGGUUGGGGUUAACAUGGGGGCAAAGCAGAGCAGCCCCACUGCUAACCCGGCUGCUAACGGACGGACCAGAGCCUACUCCGGCUCGGACCUGCUCUCCAGCACGUCCAGCAACAACGGUAACAGGACCACCACCGGGGGGGUGAGGUACCAUGGUUACAGUGCGUCCGGAGCCUCGUCCAGCACCAGCCAGCACCAUGGAGCCAGGGCCCGGUCUGCGGGGGGGUCCGGAGGCCCCGGGACCCGACCUCAGUCCGGGAUAAACAUUCCCAACAGCAGCGGAGCCUACAGCUCCCAGGAGUCCGGGGGGAGUAGCCCGGAGGAGGCGGACCGGCAGCGGGCUGGAGGGCAGGAGGCUCCCCGGCUGUUGAUAGGAUCUCUACCAGCACACCUCUCGCCUCAUCUGUUCGGAGGCUUCAAGUGCCCCGUGUGCUCCAAGUUUGUGUCCUCAGAUGAGAUGGAUCUGCACCUGGUGCUGUGCUUAACCAAACCCAGAGUGACAUAUAACGAGGACGUCCUGACGAAGGAUGCAGGAGAGUGUGCCAUCUGCCUGGAGGAGCUGCAGCAGGGCGACACCAUCGCCCGCCUUCCCUGCCUCUGCAUCUACCACAAAGGCUGCAUCGAUGAGUGGUUUGAGGUGAACAGAUCAUGUCCAGAGCAUCCAUCAGAUUAAAGCUUUUUUGCACAGGUACAAUGUGAGGGAUCUGCGAGAUGCAGCGUGGAUCCAGAGAGACUGGACACUGUGAUCAGUUAACCACCCCCCCCCCCACCCACCCACCCAAUAAUGUAGUACCACUGUGUGCCAAAUCUCAUUGAAGCAUCCUCAGGGAUCCAGACUUUGUGUUUGAGUUGCACAUCCGCGCUCAGUCUCAGAACCCCCCGUCCCCCCACUGAGCCCACUGCCACUGGACUGCAGGACACAGGAGGGGGAGAUGGACACGGUCCUGGAGGUGGGGUCAAGGUGGAGGGCGGGACCAUCUCACCACCACUGCCAUUAUAUUGGUCCAGGAGAAACAGCCAGGGACAGAGAGCAUCUGCAGCUCGUUUUCAGAACUGAAGCUGCUGCGAAAAUGGUGCCAAUCAACUGUGAAUAAUAUCACACACACACACACACACACACACACACACACACACACACACACACACACACACACACACACACACACACACACACACACACACACACCACACUCAAUCAUCAGUGCUUUUUGAUCAUAUGCCAUGGAGAAAUAAUCCAAUCAUGGAAAGACUCACACACACACGAGCCGACAGUAGAGUGUUUCUUGCUCGAUCCCUUUCACAUUCUAACAAGAGGUUGUUCUUGUGUGAACGAGAUGAAGAACGUUUCUCAUGUUUUGAAGAGAAACUGUUUCUGUUGUAAAGAUAUUCUUUUGAUUUUGAGAAGGAUCUGUGAUGCACCAAAUGAAGUGAAAUGUUGUUAUAACAAGUAAAGUCAAACAAAAUAAGCUGUAGUGAUAUCAGAAAACAUAACGUGAAAAUAUCAUUUUCUAAGAUGGAUAGGAUCUCGUAACAAAAAGUUUUCAUUUGUCUUUUUUUCCAGUUGCUAUGUCUCUUGUUUUGUGCUUCUCCAUGGGAAAUGUGGUUCUCUGAUGUAGUCUAUGAUAUGCUGUGUGUUAUUUAUAGCAUUUGAUCAGACAAAUACACUGAAACUGGUUCCCUCUCAAAGUGAAAGAAAUGUUUGGACGUUCACAUUUGCCAUACCUUUAUUCUUUAUAACAAUUCUUCCCUCAGUGAUAAUAACAGAUUUACUACAAAAAAGAUUUUUUAAAGACAUAUAAUGAAAAAUGAAAUAAAAAGAAACCAAAUUAUAGUUCAUAUAAAUAA